AUGGACGACGAAGUGCAUCCCGUCAUCCACGAAGGCCGCGUUGCAGUCAUCACCGGUGCCGGCAGUGGCAUCGGGCGUGCGGCCGCAAUAGAGCUCGCAAAGAUCGGGCUCAAGAUCGCUAUUGCAGACGUAGACGAGCAGGGCCUGAAUGGGACCGCGAAGGAGGUCGCGCAGAUCGUCGGCCAGCAAAACCUCAUCGCGCUCCCGACGGACGUGACCAAGUUGGAGCAGGUCGAGCGGCUGCGCGAUAGAGUGUACGAGGCGUGGGGCGAGGUUGGUGUGCUCAUGAACAAUGCCGCCGUCUCGGCGAAGGGCACGUCGUGGGACGGCCUCGAGAACUGGCACAAGGUCUUCGAUGUGAACCUGUUUGGCGUACUGAAUGUCCAGCACACGUUCGUACCGAGCAUGCUGCACCAAGAGAACCCGGCAGUGAUCAUCAACACGGGGUCUAAGCAAGGCAUCACAAACCCGCCCGGAAACCCCGCGUACAACGCCACCAAGGCCGCUGUCAAAUCUCUGACCGAGAGUCUCGCCCACGAGCUCCGAGAAACGACGAAGGCUAACCUUACGGCCCAUCUGCUCAUGCGCGUUACCCUUUUACACUCCCUAAUCGCGAACACUGGGCUGAUAGUGCUAUCUUAUAGCCCCGGAUGGACGUGGACUGGAAUGACCGGAGCCAACUCCGGCAAGGAGAAGCCCCCGGGCGCGUGGACCGCGCAGGAGACCGUGCUUUACAUGCUCGACAAGGUUCGACAAGGCAAGUUCUACAUCCUGUGCCCCGACAACGAGACGCGCCGCGAGGUCGACCAGCUGCGGAUCAUGUGGGGCGCGGGCGACGUCGCCGAGGGCCGUCCAGCGCUCUCCCGCUGGCACCGCGAUUACAAGGCGCUCUUCGAGGAGUACAUCCGCGACGGGCUCGCCCAGCUCGACUAG